GGGGGACCAUCUCAGUACAAAAACCAGUACCCUCCGCAUUUCCUGCUGGGGCACAUAAGAACCACAAAACAACGCGUUACAGCUACACACGCCCACAUUUCAAGUCAUGGCCCAAGAGUCCGAGUUCAAAAUUGCCAUCCCUGACGAAAAGCUUGCGACGCUACGCGCCAAGCUAGAGCUCACCACGUUCCCCGACGAGCUGGAAGACGCGGGCUGGAAGUAUGGUGCCCCUCUCGCCGACGUCAAACGCCUCGUAGGCAGGUGGAAGGAUGGCUACGACUGGCGCAAAUACGAGAAAGCCCUCAACGACGAGUUACCGAUGUAUACGCGCGACAUUGACGUCGAGGGCCAUGGGUCACUGAAUAUACACUACGUGCACCAGAAGAGUGAAGUGGUCGACGCGAUUCCGCUGCUGUUCGUUCACGGAUGGCCAGGAAGCUUCCUGGAGAUCCGUAAGAUACUACCUUUAUUAACGAAGGCCUCUCCCGACCACCCAAGUUUUCACGUCGUCGCCCUGAGUUUACCAGGAUACGGUUUCUCAGAGGCCCCUCGCAAACAGGGAUUUUCGGGACGCCAAUAUGCUGAGGUAGGAAACAAUCUCAUGCUUGCAUUGGGAUACAAUGAAUACGUUACGCAAGGAGGAGACUGGGGCUUUUGGGUCACUAGAAAGAUAGCCAUCUUCUAUGGUGGAAAGCACAGCAAAGCGUGGCAUACCAACUUCCCUGUGGGAAGGCCUCCCCAACUUUUAAGAAACCCUUUAGCCUUUCUCUCGUACCUAGUAAAACCAUUAACUAGCGCUGAAAAGGCUGGACUUGCGAGGACUAAAUGGUUCAAAGAAAGCGGCUUCGGUUACAAUGAAGAGCAAAGUACCCAGCCGCAGACACUGGGAUAUGGACUCACGGAUAGCCCUGCUGGGCUACUGGCAUGGAUAUACGAGAAGUUAGUCAACUGGACAGACUCAUAUAAGUGGGAUGACGAUGAAGUCCUGACAUGGAUGUCGAUCUACUGGUUUUCGCGUGCUGGCCCGGCGGCAUCAUUGAGGAUCUAUUUUGAGGCAAGAAAUGAAGAUGAAGGCAGGUUUGUGGAGUCUGCGCCUACCAUCCCCAUGGGUCUCUCCUUUUUCCCUCGAGAGCUGUUAUCUUUACCCAGGGCCUGGACGCGUUUAACGGGCAAUGCGGUCUUUGAGGCAGAACAUGAUAGUGGCGGGCAUUUUGCUGCGCACGAGAGGCCCGAUGAACUAGUUGGUGACGUGCGCAAGAUGUUUGGGAAAGGCGGGCCUGCGUAUGGCGUGGUUCCAGGACGGGCAGGAUAUGCAUGAACAUAACAAGCAAGAGUAUUUGGCGUUAUGCCAGUGACUCACCAAGAAUAUUGUAUGUAGCAAACAUCUGAAAGAUCCCAUUGUUCUCGCUUCUCAGUGAUCUGCGUUUCCAUGUAUUGUACGCGAGUAUGCUGUAGGAAGGCUAAAGGUGAUAUAUUACAGACUGUCAGGUCUAUGUACACCGAA